AUGACGGACGAAGCGCACGCCAGCAACCCGGCGUCGAGCAUCGACUCAGACUCGGACUCAGACUCGGAGUCUUCAUUCGUUGAAGAAGUCGGAUCCGAUGGCCUGACCAGAAGGCAACGGCUGGCCAAGGAAGAGGAAGAGAAGGUGGACCUGAUCGUCAAAGACGACCAGUUGGACGAGCUAGCCAAGAUCGAUGCCAUCGCCGAUGUGCGGCACAACUUCAAGGCUGACACGACAGCUAUCGACGCAUAUCUGGCCGGCCAUGCGAGCGUUGAAGCAACUGUGGCCAAGUUGGCCGAUCCUAUCGACGAGGCCUACUCCACCGCGAACCACGGACGUCAACUGCACGCCGCCGAGCGCAGCGCCCGUAAUCAACGCAAAUACCACGACCCAGAGAAGGCCCUCCAGAUGUGGGGACCAGAAGAAGACUUCCCCGAGCCCAGUGAAGAGAUCCGCAACUUGCCGAGCACGGAAGGGCAGCUGUGGGAGCUCUGGUACGGCGUCUUGCACGCGGCAAAGCGCAUCCCAUGGACCGACACCGCUCGGGAGGGAAAGCUGCUCGACCUCGUCAAAGCCCUCAAGGCCCGGCCGGAUCCACCUCAGCCGCCUCGCGUGACAGUCGCAUUGCGGAGGGACUGGAUUUGGGAAACGGGCAAGGUGUGGUCUGACCUCCUGAUGCUGGGCCCGAGUGCCUGUGAGGCGUGGAACGACUGCUGCGGCGUUGCCGCCGGCUGGACAGUCCCGGAGCAGCACGCUUGGACCAACGUCAAUGCCUUCAUCGCCCGCGUGACUGCGAAUGGACUUGCUGAUUUUCGAUCAUACGGGGUUCGCGCCGCGUGCCAGGCGCUCGAGUAUGGCGAGAAUGAAGACCACAAUCUACACCACAACGCUCCCUACCCGCUGAAACUGGAACUUUAUGUGACUGUUGCUGCAGUAUGGAUGCUCCUGGCGGGGGAGUGCAUGUACAAGGAGUGUAAGGACAAUGGCGACUCUGAUGGGGGUCACCACGUGAAAGCGGUCGACGUGAGCUCCAGAGGGGAACAACUGCCUUGGUUCCGCCAGGGCGAUCCCAUUGCCCUGGUCCAAUGGAACUUCUGGCGCCGACGAUUCGACCAGGAAGCUCAUAAUGACCAGCUUCCUUGGGAUGUGAGAGAACUUGCUAUCAAAUCCGCAGACCGCAUGCUUGCACUCGAGCAGCCUUCGGCUAGAGAGGAGGAGCCUUGA